CACACGUGUGUAGGAAAACUGGCGUACUUUAUUGUGCGCUCUCUACUAAACCCCUGUACGAGCAGGUCCAUCAGGAAUUCUCUUUGGGUUGCUUUGAGGUACCAUACACCCCAUCUACUAACUGCUGACAUCCGAGCACCAGGUAUCUGCCAGAUACACAGCUUUUUCUUUAAGGUCCCUAUCAGCAAUCUCUUGGUCCCUAUGGCCGAUGCAGAGCCCAUGCUGGUCCCUGCCCCUGGGGGGGAGAAGAGAGCAUGCCCUGCUUUGGAGGAGGAGGAGGUUGACCACAGCACCAAGAGACCCAGAGUCCAGAAGGAUGAGAAGAACGGAGGGCCCUCUCACAAGCUGCCCCAGGAUGAGGGAGAAGAGCCAGAGGGGGAGGAGACGGAGCCAUUGGAAGAGGAUGGAGAAGGGGAAGGGUUGGGGUCAGGAGAGGCCUUUGCAGAGAUGAUGAAGCAUGGCCUCACAGAGCUGGAUGUGGGGAUUCUGAAGUUUGUCAGUGAACACCAGGGGUUCUCAGGCAUUCUCAAGGAGAGGUACUCUGACUUUGUGGUGCACGAGAUCAACAAAGAAGGCAAGACAGUGCUGUUGGAUGAUCUCUCCGUUCCUGAGGAGGCUGAGGAGGCCACGGUAGAGCAGCCAGAGUCCCAGGUUUUCACAGAGGAGCAGAAACAGCAGCUGGAGCAGCUACAACUCUUCAAGAACAAAGAGGGCGACGUCUCUAUAGAGGUAGCCGAUGACACAAAAGAGAAGCGGACCCUUGUCCACAAGGCUGUGAAGACCCUGUACCCUGGACUGGAGACCAAGACAGAGGAGCGGGAGGGAAAGAAGUUCAUUGUGGCCUACCACGCAGCCGGGCAGAAAGCCCUCGCAGCCCCCAGGAAACACUCCUGGCCUAAGAGCCGCGGGGCCUUCUGCCACUUCGUCCUCUACAAGGAGAACAGAGACACCAUGGAGGCCAUCAACGUGCUCUCAAAGUUCCUCAGGAUGAGGCCCAAUGUCUUCUCCUACAUGGGGACCAAGGACAAGAGAGCCAUCACUGUGCAGGAGAUUGCAGUUCUCAAGAUCACAGCAGAAAGACUGUCUCACCUCAACAAGUGCCUCAAUAACUUUAAACUAGGAAACUUCUGCUACAAGAAACACCCUCUGAAGCUGGGGGAACUACAGGGCAAUCACUUCACUGUGGUCAUCAGGAACAUCACAGGGACAGAGGAGCAAGUCCAGCAGGCCAUGUCCUCCCUUAGAGAGACAGGCUUCAUCAACUACUACGGCAUGCAGCGCUUUGGCACCACCGCCGUGCCCACACACCAAGUUGGCAAGGCCAUCUUGCAAGACAACUGGAAGGAAGUGAUAGAUCUGAUCCUGAAGCCUCGCCCUGGAGCGGAGAAAGGUUAUCUGGUGAAGUGUCGUGAGGAGUGGGCCCAGUCCCAGGACCCAGAAGCAGCGCUGCAGAAGCUGCCUGUUAAACGCUGUGUGGAGGGACAGCUGCUCCGAGGUCUCUCCAUGUACGGCAAGAAGAACAUCAUCACUGCCUUCGCCAUGAUCCCUCGUAACAACCGGCUGAUGUACAUCCACAGCUACCAGAGCUUUAUGUGGAACACCAUGGUCAGCAGACGCAUUGAGGCCUUCGGACUGAAGGCUGUGGAGGGAGACCUCGUGCUCAGGGGAGGCACUGCAUUCGUACUGUCCGCAGCAGAGGCCGAGACCCACUCUAUCCAAGACGUGGUGAUGCCCCUACCAGGGUUUGAUGUCAUCUACCCCACUCACCACGUGGGGAAGGGCUACAGGGAGAUGCUGAGUGCAGAUAACCUGGACAUUGACAACAUGAGACACAGGGUGAGGGACUACUCUCUGGCCGGGGCCUACCGACGCAUCCUCAUCAAACCCAGUGACGUCAGCUGGUCUGUAACACUCUAUCACCUCGGUAUCAGUUAAUACAACUAUUUUCAGUCUUAGCUAACUAUAGGAAAAAGCGAACGAAUAGUGUUGGAGGAGUUUUCGUUACACAUUCUAAAUGAAUAAAAAGGAGCUGAGGAUUGCUUCCUUUUUUCCUUGCGCAUGAUAAGGUGAUUGCCUUGUAUGAUAUUUUCUCUACAUUCGUGAGUUGUGUUUCAUCUCUCAUUCUAUAGGGAGGUGAUUAACUAUGAGGACCCUCGUGUCUCCCUGGUCCACACUGAUGUGGAGAAACUAGAGGACCAACCUCCCCCAGUCUUCAACAAAGAGGGGAAGUACAGGGCUCUGAGGAUGGAGUUCUCCCUGCCUCCCUCCACCUACGCCACCAUGGCCAUCAGAGAGGUGCUCAAGAUGGACACCAGCAUCAAGAACCAGACUCAGCUCAACACCACCUGGCUCAACUAACACAACAGAAGCGGGCCCACUGAGCUUCAUAUAGGCCCACUGGACUGCUUUUCCAGGCUGCCGAGCAGUCUGUCCUUUAGUGGGUGUCUACUUACUGUAUGUGAGACUAACAGUCUAUAUUGUGCGUGUGGGAGUGUUUUGAUACUUUGCCAAGCCAAAGGUCAUUCCUCUCAAGGUGUGUCAGUCGGGGUGAUGGGAAAUCUUACCUCAUCCCACGCAACCAAGAGUAACAACUGAUAUUAUAUUCUUACUACUCUGAUUAUUUUCUUAGUUUCUUCAUUUUUUUUUAUCAGGAGGUUUUUACUCUCUUUUAAAGCUUUGCUGCACUGGAGAAAUUCCGAGAUAUGUUUUUGAAACAGCUGAUGUGCUACAGAAGCACUUUAAAUGGGCUGUGUAGAACAGUUUGUGUAACCCAUGGUGGUGCUCUGUGACACCCCUGCUACUUCCCAGGGUACUACAAUGACCUGACCCUGGUUGUACAGAAUUACUGUUUGCUUUUUUAACUGUAAAUGUUUCGUUUUUUUGGAAACCAGCUCUCUUACAGAGAGAGAAUUAAAAUGUUGAGUGCAAA